AUGUCCGCUAUUCCUGCUACGCAAAUAAACUACUUGGAAAUUAGCCAAGAUGUGAAAAUUGAGGACCAAAACACGGACCCGGGCCGUUUGUGGAAGGAGGCGCUAGAUCUCCUUGAGGCAUAUGAUGGCUUUCGUCGACUGUACUGGGGCAGAAGUCCAGAAGACUGGUCAAGGGUUCAACUUCACGUUGUCAGAGAUCACCUGUCACAACAUCAGGACUUUCAAAAGACUUCACAGUAUGAACAGUUGCAAUCGAUUCUGAGGAAGCUCAUAGUCCCAUCCAGUGUCCCAUUCACCCGUCACGCUUUUAUUGAAGAAUUUACGCCCAAUAAUCAGGCACUUGGGAAAGGCGCACCUUUUUCUGGGACGGCGAUAUACAUUGAUACUGACGAGGCUUGGCAUGUUGGGGCUUGGCCACUAUGGACACAUAUCGUUCGCCACGUCGAUGGAUGCUUGGGUGUGACUGGAGGUAGGGUGGUUGAAUCCGUCGAUGGACACCAAAACUGCUACGUCGUUUACGUUGGAUGGGAGAGCAUUGAGAAGCACGACGCGUACCACCAUACCCGCCAUUUUGCUAAACGCCGAGUGGUCCUGGCUCUUGGAAACAAAGGCUGGAAGGAGUAUGCCCAUGUCAAAUUUCAGGGUGCGAGGGAGGCGAGGGGAAAAGUCGAAGGAAAAACUGCACAGGUAUCCAAAGAGUCCAAACUGUAA